AUGCUCAGCUGGUGGAUGGGCCGACCCGCUGAAGGGAAUCGCCUUGACGAAGAAAAUCAAGAUCUUCCAGAGACCCCCGCUCCCGUCUUUGCAGCUCGCGCGUUGAAGAGUGCGAUCUUUGGCACACCAGCUCCCCCAAUCGACGACACGGUGUUUGAAGAGGAGAGGCAGACUAUUGCUGCUGGCAGGGAGAGGGCGAAAUCUCAAGCCCGAAGCUUGUCCCCUAACAGACCUCCAGGCAUUCUGUCAACGCCAGGAACGGCAACGACACGACGCAAGACCGUAUCCUUCGGGAACGAGAUAGAGGACAAGCAGGAUGAAAAGAGGAAUGCGAUUGAGAUAGCUGGGCGAGAUGUAGACCCAGACGAUUUUGCAGGAAAGUUCCCGAGCCCCUUUGUCGCUAAAUCGGAUGCACCAACGAAGCCUGCGCGCAAAACUACUCUCACCAAGGCAUUGGAAAACGCUAGAGAAGGGAAGGCAGCCAAACCUGAAACCACCCGUACAUCCUCGGAGCCACAGCCGCCGUCCAAGAACAUCAACACUACAAGUGAUACAAAUGGGUUUUCUUUAGAACAUGGAAGACAGCAGAGUAGUCGAGAUACAUUGCGAAAAUUUGAGGAAGGCGACACUUUAACCGGCGAGAUGACAAUGGAUCUUAAUCAACCCCACUCUCAAUCCGGAAGAUACUGGAAGUCUGAGUAUGAGUCUUAUCAUGAGCAGGCAUUGGCAGAGAUGAAGAAGCUCAUCGGCUACAAGCAACUCGUAAAGCAAUAUGCAAAGCUGAAAGAUGCCGAGAAUAUUGACCUAUCGGAAAAGCUGAAGGAGUACAAACAAGCGAUCGUCAGCAUGGAAGACAAGAUCUCGCAGCUAUCGUCUAGGGUCGCGCGCUCUGGAAUAGGUGGCAGCGACGACCGCUCUCCCGAGUUGGUAAAAGAACUUGCUCGGCAUACAGCCCUCUCUGUUCAGUACAAAAGUAAGGUCGCAGAGUUUGAGGCAGUGUUGGAAGAUGAUUAUAUCUCCAACAGCCCACUGAAACAGCGUCAGAAUUCCUCUCACAGAUCAGAAGAGAACAACAUUUAUACAACACUUGAGCUCGUCAAGGCUAGAGAGCAGCUGAAGGAAAUGGCCAGCCUCAGAGAUGAACUUCAAACACUUCGACAGUCGCUAUCGACCGCAGAAAAGUCGACCCAGAAACUUCAAGAAGAGAACACCAGACUUACCGAACAGUUGAUUCAUGCAGAUCUACGAUUCGAGAAGCAUAUCGAGAAGUGUGAGAAAAAACGUAAAUCCGUUGAUGAGCAGCGACAGAAGCGAGAUGAAGUGGUCCAGAACCUUCAGAGUGAUUAUGACAAACUGAGGGAAGCUGCAAAGUCACAACGCCGCGAUUCCGAACACCUGUUGAGAAAGCGACAUGAACAAAUCGUGGAAUUGAAGCAGGAAAUUGCUUCGCUACGAGGGGCAGGCUCAAGCGCCCAGGAGCUUCAACGGGCUUUGCAAGAAAAAGACACUCAACAUAAUCGUACCAUCUUCGAAUAUGAGACACAGAUUGAGAAUUUGAAGGCGAAGCAAGAACUUGACUCCAGAGUUGAAUCAUCUCUAAAGGAUUUAAGGGGCAGACACUACGAUGCGCCAAAUACAGCAUCCAAACCACAUUCUUUGAAUGAGAAUGCCCAAGUGAGGGAAAGCUUUAUCCCAGUUUCUAGCCAGUCAAUUUCUCGACCCUCGAAGGUUCUCAUGUCAUCGAAGAGUGCUUACUCCCAAACGCCGAAUGGUUCUCCCAGACGCCGGUCAUCUCACUCUGCUUUGUCGGAACUCGUCAAUUUGGAAAAAAACCAGCCGACACCGUUCCAACGAUCAGGGCCAGUCCAGCAUACUCCUCUGACUCACGUCACACCACUCUUAAGCCGCUUUUCUAACAUGUCUUUGGACUCGCCCGAUAUGCAAUUACCAUCGCCAGAACCAUCGCUACCACGUGCGACCAGUCGGGCUAUUCACGAAAGAAGCUGCCAUCCAAAUCAUGGGCCCUCCAUGUUCAACAUCGCAUCAAGUCCCCCAAAGGCUUCUAUUGUCCGACCACGAGUUUCGAAUGAGCUUCCAAGGCAAAAGUCGAACAGCAACAUGGGUUCUCGCUUGACGACAAAUCUCGCCUCAAGCCGUGGUGCCACUUCGGACACAGCAAGGGUGCGAGGUUCCAUCCCACCCGAAAGAGCUGCGGCGGCGAAGGCUAGAUUAGAGCAGAAGCAAGCGGAGAAGAGAAGAGCAAAGGCUGCCAAUGUGGACAAAGAAAAUUGCCUGAAUUGA